ACAUAUAAAGAAAAAGUGAAUGCAGAUACAUUGACACAUACAAAGAAAGGCCAACAACGAAGUGAAAGAGGCAUUGCAUUUCCUGUUUGCAUUUCACACCCUGUAUGCCAGAAGAAGAAAAAAGCCUACUGUACAGACCAGACCACCUUCAUACUAGGAGAAACACCAAAAGAAACCCGCAGAAAACAAUUUGAAGAAAUGGCCUCUUACUUUAACUUCUCUUCUGUAAGUGAAUUGGCCAAACAUGUAACUAAUGCCACAUCAGAAGAACGACAGAAAAUGCUAAGAGACUUUUAUGCUUCUCAAUAUCCAGAGGUGAAAGAAUUUUUUGUGGAUUCUGCUUCAGAAUUCAUCAAAUCUGCCUAUGAGAAAGGAGAGAGGGUCAGGAAUAAAUCUGAAAAAAGAGAAUCUCUUAUAAAAGACAGGCUGUCCAAUUCUAAAACUUUGUCAUUUAAAGAUUCUACCAAUAAAAUUUUUCAGAUUUGCAGCCCAAACAUAUAUAAAGGAAAAUCAAUUAAGUUUCAAAAUUAUGGUUCCUGUAGAAGAGAAGCGCUUUGCAAUGAUGCAGAAACUAAGAAAUUGCCUAUUAGCUCUACCCAAGAGAUUGACAGUGGAGACAGCAGCCAACCAUCCAAAGACACUGCAGCAACGCGUUCUCUGAACUGUAAGUCUGAAGCGCAUGAGAGAAAGUUAGAAAAUACGGUGGAAGACCGACAGGACCUCACAAGAAUGUGCGUUUCAAGAGAUGGAUCCCUUUUUAAAUUGGAAAACAGAAAGAUAGAAAAUCCAGUGUUGGAAAACACUUCUGUGGUAGGCUUACUCGGGGACACCUCUAUUCUUGAUGACCUUUUUAAUAGUCACGGGAACGGUCCCACACAACUGCCAAAGAAAGUUCUUUCAGGGCCCAUGGAAAGAGCAAAACAGAGACCAAAAGACUUCUGGGACAUCUUGAACGAGCAGAACGACGACAGUCUCAGCAGACUCACCGAUUUGGCAGUAAUAGAGACUCUGUGUGAAAAAGCACCCCUUGCUGCAUCCUCCAAAAGGAAGGGAGAGCUAGGAACUUCUCUUUGGAAAUCAAAUGAGAAAUUUUUGUGGAAGAAGUUUAAAUUGCCACGGCGACCCUUGGGGACCGCCGCUGGGGCCACAAAGCCCGAGCUAGGGAUUCACCGCCCCCGAGAGGGGGACAAUCCAUCCUCCAGAUCUUUCCCCUUCGGGGAGAGAAAAAGAAACCAACUGGGUGACGCUCUGGCUGACCUGGUGGGAAACACGAGAGCAAAGCGGGGGGCGCCUGGUCGCCGCCUGCCCCCAAGCCACGGGCACCCGCCACCCGGGCAGACGCCGCGAGCUGGCACGGGAGGGGACUUCCCCGGUGUCCCCCAAGUCCCGCCUCCGCCAGGGCCCGCUCCGGGUCUGCUGCUCACCAGUGCAGCGCACUCGUGCGGAAGCCAGGGCCUUCCCAAAAGGGACGGGAUGACCCACAGCCCCAGCUGCAUCCUGGGGGCCGGGGGCAGCUGGCGCCUGCCCAUGGCGAUCCGAAGGGCAUCAGGCAGGCGGACGUCAGGCCGUCGGAUCUGCAGUGCCAUCCACCUGCCUUUGUUGGGUUCAUGUUCUGCGUCUCUGGGGAUGGGCAGGCUNGGACGACACCUUGGAGCACGACAACGUGCUGGAGAAGGUCGGCUGGGCAAGCAGUCUGUCCCCGAGCAGCGUGCCAGAGGGGACCCGACAGGGGACCCAGUGGCCGGAACAAGGAAGGCUUCCGGAGUUCAGGAGGAGAAACGUGCUUUGGGCCGAGGUCAUCAGAAAAGGCCACCCCCAAGCUGUGGGGAAGGGGAGAAGGGGGCAGCUACCAGAGGGUCCCCGUGGGCCGACAAGGCCAGAAGCCCUGUGGACGGGCGCGGGCCAUCGGGGUCCCCCGGCCAGGGCCACCGCGCGCCUGACGUUCUCUCCAAGCCAAGCUCGUUUCAAGCGUUCUCU